GAGGGGCAACGAAACGGAAACCCUCCCCAGCUUUGCCCCCAAACCCCGACAUCUGCCAAUGGCGGCCACCGCGAUGGACCACGACGGCGGCGGCGACGUCGUCACGCCGGGGGAGCUCCUGGGUAACUCGUUAACCCUCGUGGCCGGACGCGGAGCCUACGCGGAAGGCCGUUCCGUGCGCGCGUCAUUCACCGGCCACCGCCGCAUCGUGCCGCCCGCACCUGGCUCCGACGACCAGAGGUCUACGGUGGAGGUGGUGGGGCACAAGGCCCAUGGAGCCGUGCCGCAGCCUGGAAGCGUCGUCAUCGCCCGAGUAACAAAGGUUAUGGCUAGAAUGGCCAAUGCUGAUAUCAUGUGUGUUGACUCAAAGGCUAUCAAAGAAAAAUUCACUGGCCUGAUAAGGCAGCAAGAUGUUCGUGCGACUGAGAUCGACAAGGUGGAUAUGUACCAGUCAUAUCGGCCUGGGGACAUUGUUAGAGCUGUGGUUCUUUCUCUUGGUGAUGCAAGGGCAUAUUAUCUUUCCACUGCGAAGAAUGAACUUGGUGUUGUUUCAGCACAAAGUAUAGCUGGUGGUACAUUGGUCCCAAUCAGUUGGACUGAGAUGCAGUGUGACUUGACUGGCCAAAUUGAGCAAAGGAAAGUUGCAAAGGUGGAAUAGAUGUGCUAGCCUUCCUGACAAAUGGUAAACAUGCUGUGAUGGUGUAGAACAUGUCGGACAGCGAGACCAGAAACUCGGCCUUGGACUACUGAUUGUGCAAUGUCUGAAUUCGUGAUGCUGGAAGCUGUAUUGAGUAUCUUUUUUUGGGAUAACCCUGGCUGAAUCUAAGUAGGAGAUGGUUCACCAAAAAUGUUAGCCAUGGAUCCUGCAGUCCACCAAUCUUGUGAUCUGUAACUCGUGAGCUAUUGACAUUGCCGUUGAGCCGAGUUUUGUAUACAGUGGAAAUUCUGGCUUUGCAUUAUUGAGAUAUGUUGAUGUGUC